AAGAAGAAAAGGUAGGUUUUUUUUUUCUUCUUUUAUCUACCGGGGUGUGUUGUUGUUGACUGCUGUAGCAGGUGAUGGAACCUGUUGGAACAUCUCACGGUGAUCAUGAUGGAGCUGAUGUGUCCUCGUGGGUGUCCGUGUGUCCCAGAGGUCUUUGGAUGGUCCAGCAAAAACGUGAGCGGAGUGGUCAACAAGCUGCUUCCAGUACUGGAGAUGCUACUUUCUUUUCAGCUUGUUUAUCCAGUAACUGUCCAGGCUUGGGCUCUCUGUGCCGAGUCAGAGUGAAGAUCCUGACUGAUGAUGAAAAGGGUCCAGAAUCUGACAGAACAGAUGAGAAGCUAGAAGAUGCUGAUGCUGCCAAAUUGUCCGUCACACCAUUUCUUAGGAGUCAAGACUCUGUUCUGCAGGUCCCAGUGGGCGACUGGCUAACCCUGAAACUCGGGGAGGGUUUGUGUGACAUCACAGAAGCGUGCUUGGAAGGGAUGAGAGCAGGACAGAAAUGUGAGAUUCUGCUCACUCCAGUUGGAAAUGGACCCGAAACUGUUCACCAACCUGCAGAUGAAAACCUUCCACUACGUGCAACUGUUGAACUCCAGUCUUUUACACCAGGAAAAGAGUCCUGGGAAAUGUCUGCCAGUGAAAAACUGGAGUGGGUGAAGACACACAAGGAGAGAGGUGGAGUGAGAUUCAGGAGCGGGGAUGUGUGGGGAGCUUCAGACAGCUACAGUCGAGCCCUCAAACUCCUCAUCCCUCUUUGUGGAUGUCUAGAAACUAAAAGAGAUGAGCUUCAAAUCAGAGAGGAAGGAGAAACGCAACAGCUUCCUUCACCCAGCAAACUUAAAGUUAUCAAAGCCGAGCUUCAUUCAAACCUUUCUCUGUGCCAGCUGAAGCUGAACCAACCAGAACGGGCUAGAGCCAGUGCUGCUAAAGCCACUCAGCUGGAGCCCGGUACCUGUAAGGCCUGGUACCGACUGGGUCAGGCAUGCCAGAUCCUAAAUGAACUGGAGGAGGCCAAGCAGGCGUUUAAAAAACUCUUGCAGCUACAACCAGAUCUGCCUGCUGCUGUGAAGGCUCUUAAAGAGAUAACGAGUAAAGAGAGAGAGAGAAACGCACAGCUGGGACACAGACUCAGUAAAAUGUUUAGCUGAAGGUUCAGUGUUGGUAACGGAAGUGUUUUAGUCGCAAAAUUUAAGUGCAUUUACAAGUUUGUUGUAUUUUUGAAGGAAAUUAGUAAUAGUGACUGUUUGAGUUGCAGUUUAAAUGUGAAAAAAAAAUAAAUGUGAGCUGUUCAGUUUGUAGCCUUUUACCUAAUUAAACAUGUUUUGACAGAUAA